AUGGAAAGAUAUUACAAGCGAAAAUCAUCAUCGAUUAGUUCGGACAAUCAUAUUCCAAAUAGUUCAUCUCCAAACUUGGAUAGUUCCAAUCCUAUUCCGAACAGUUCCCCUCCAAUUCCAAGUAGUUCUAAUCCAAUUGAGGGUAAUUCCACUCCACAACAAAAUGAGUUGAAAGUUGAUUUGGAUAAUCUUGAGAGAGACCCGGGAAAGAGAAUUCCAAUGAAAGAUUAUCCUCCAGAUAUUCGAGAUGAGGUCCAAAGAGCACAUAUAUUGAUGGGGCCUUUUAGAGCUAAAGAUCAUGAUUUUCCAUUCACUUUGCAUUCGAAUAAAAAGCGACGGUUCGUUGAUAAUUGGUUGAAGGAAUUUCAUUGGUUGGAAUAUAGUAUAUCUAAAUAUGCUACAUUUUUCUUUUAUUGUUAUCUAUUCAAAGUCAACUUUGAACAAUCAGGCAGUGACGUCUUUACUGAGGUAGGCUUUCAAAAUUGGAAGCAUGCAAGAGCUUAUUUUGAAAAACAUGUGGGAAUGGUUGGUAGCUUUCACAAUAAAGCUGUUGAAGCUGCUGGUAAUCUAACGAAUCAAAAGACACAUAUUGAAACAGUUGUGGUCAAACAAUCAGAAGAAGCUCGUAUGGCUUAUCGCACUUGCUUGAAUGCAUCAAUUGAUUGCACUAAGUUUUUGUUGCGACAAGGUCUUUCAUUUCAUGGUCAUGAUGAAAGUGACAUUUCAAACAAUAGAGAUAACUAUUUGGAGCUCUUGCAAUUCCUUGCGGAUCAUAAUGAGAAAAUACAGGUCGUAUUGUUAGAUAAAGCUUCGGGAAGUCUCAAGCUAAUAGCUCAUUCAAUUCAAAAAGAUCUUGUUCAUUCAUGUUCUAUUGAAACCAUUCAAACUAUCAUAAGUGAUAUGAAGAAUGCUAGGUUCUUUUCUCUAUUGGUUGAUGAGGCACGUGAUGUUUCAAUGCUAGCAAAGGAUCAUGUUGAUGUUAACACAUUUUUCCUAUUGGCUAAUAAUGUGGUAAAUAAUAUUGGAGCUUCAUGUAAGCGUCGUGAUGCACUUAGGGAGAUGCAACAAAAAGAACUAAUGAAAGCUCUUGAAAAUGAUUCUCUUAUGACGGGACGAGGCUUAAAUCAAGAACUAGUCUCAAACGUGCCAGAGCUACAAGAUGGAAUUCACAUUAUGCUUACAGAGUUAAAUGAUCGCUUCAAUGAAACAAGUACCAAAUUGCUCAUUUGUUUGGCUAGUUUGAGUCCAAAUGAUUCUUUUGCAGCUUUUGACAAAGAAAAGCUACUUCGCCUUGCUUAA